CGGGUUGACUUUAAUCUUGCCUUUUCUUCCUCGAUCUCCCUCUCUUUUUCUUUUCUCUUUUUCCUUCGAUCUUCUUCUUCGGUCUCCCACUUACUCACAUUCUCUUGAGAUUUCCUAUCCGACCAGAGGGACACUUGUUUCUCUCACCCACGCUCUUUCGGGAAACCUCUUUUGAUUGAUCUUCUCGCUCUCUUUCACUGCCAAUUUCUGAUAUCCACACUGCGCGCGACAGAUUUGCGGUGAUAUCCACAGUCUUCCAUCAUCACAAUGAAGUUGAACUCGAUUGCCCUCACCCUUGCCACGGCCGGCCUGGUCGCGGCCCAGCCUCACGCCCACGGUCACCGUCACCCCCAGAGACGUACUGUCGACACCUCAGGGACCGUCGUCGAGUACGAGCUGAACGGUCAGCGCAUCAACGCCGACGACGUCUGCAAGGGUAUCGCCGACGGUACUCUCCUGUGGGCUGCUGGUGUCGCCCCUCCCGACGCUUGCCAGAGCUCCAGCAGCAGCGCCACUCCUUCGUCCACUCCCACUCCCACUUCCACUCCCACUUCCACUCCCACUUCCACUCCCACUCCCUCUGUCGCCCCGGCCGAGUUCAUCCAAACGUCUUCGUCCUCCACUCCUACUCCCUCCAGCUCCUCUACCCAGGCUGCUGCCUCGACUCCCGCUGCUAGCAGCUCUUCUUCCUCUGCCACCGGUAUUGAUAUUGACUUCCCCGAUGGCGAGAUCGACUGCAGUACUUUCCCCUCGGACUAUGGCGCUGUUGAGCUCGAUUACCACGGCCUUGGCGGUUGGACCGGUGUCCAGUACGGCUCGAUCGUGGGAGAAGUGAUUCAGAAAAUUAGUACCGCCAUCAGCGGUAAGGAUGAAUGCAGCGAAGAUUUACUCGGUAAUCCAGGCUUUUGCUCGUACGCCUGCCCCGCUGGCUACCAGAAGUCUCAAUGGCCCAAGCAGCAGGGAUCCACAGGCGAGUCCGUUGGUGGUCUUAAGUGCCACAAGGGCAAGCUGUACCUUACCAACCCCAGCCUUUCCAAGAAGCUGUGCAUUGAAGGUGUUGGUGGUAUUUACGUUCAGAACAAGGUCGGUGAGCAGGUUGCUGUCUGCCGUACUGACUACCCUGGCACUGAAGCUGAAACCGUCCCUCUGGCGCUUACCGACGACUCCGUUCAACCCCUGACCUGCCCUAACGGUGCGACGUACUACGAGUGGACGGGCAAGGACACCUCUGCUCAGUACUACGUUAACCCCAAGGGUACCUCCAUCGAGGAGGGAUGCAAGUGGGGCGACAAGAGCAAGCCUGUUGGUAACUUCGCUCCCAUGAACAUGGGCACUAACGAGAACAACGGCAAGUGGCUCUCGCUCUUCCAGAACACCCCGACCACCGACGUCAAGCUUGACUUCUGUGCCGAAAUCAAGGGUGACCACCUCAGUGGCUCGUGCAGGUACGAGAAAGGUUCCUACAUUUCCGAGUCUGGCACCAAUGACUCUGGAUGCACUGUCGAGGUCAUGUCCGGUGAUGCCACCGUCGUGUUCACCGCCUGUUAAACUUCUAAUCAUACACCAUUCCUUGCAAAGGAGAAACCUUUUAGCGCGCCUGCCCUCGCCAUUCAUUCCAGCUCUCAGUUAUCACGACCCGUUUAGUGUGCAUUGAUUUCUGUAUCUUGAUAUCUACUUUCCCACAUUGUGAUCCGGGAAAUUUUUCCAUUUAUCCUAGUUACACUUCUCUGUAUAGUGUCCUCUGUCCGCUAUGGCGGGGGUAAGUAAAGUGUGCUGGAGAUUGAGUAACUUUGAUCUCAUUUUCUUUUUUUCUCGUGUGAUUUCCUGGAAUCUUUUCUUUGUCCUGUCGUGUCUAGAGUUUGGCUGUUU